CUGGCUUCCCUUCGCUCACUCCCUGGUACCAUCCUUCUCAGUCCGUGCUGUACAUUCCUGCUUUAAACAGCUGUCUGUGGGAUCUCCAUGCGGCUCUCCAUUCUCCUACCUGCGCGACACACUUGCGUUCUGUUCAGCUGCCCUAUCUGUCAUCUGCAGCCAUGCGUCUGGGGAUCUCCUCCUUCCUGUCGGACAUCCUGAGCACCUCCAGCAACGUCUGCUUCUGCUGGACCGAAGGCAAGGUGCCUGGGAAGGAGAUUUGGGAACAACACACAGUUACAUUACAGAAGGACCCCCAGAUGGGAUUUGGUCUGGCUGUGUCUGGGGGCCAGGACAACCCCAACAUGGAGAACCAAGACACCUCAAUCAUCAUCUGUGACGUGUUGCAGGGCAGCCCCGCCGACGGACUGCUGUUUGAAAAUGACAGAGUGAUUCAGGUGAACUCCAUCCCCAUGGAUAACGUGCCUCAUUCAUUUGCUGUCCAGUCACUGCGAAACUGUUCCAAGGAGGCCAGGAUAAUAGUGAAAAGACCACGCACAGUGACGGCCGACUCCCAGCUCCAGCCCUGCUCCACCGGCGGCGAUGACUACAACAAGGCAGACGAGGACAGCGGCUGGCACCAUGACACCAUCCUCAGCCAUCACGUCGACAGCAGGGGAUGUGGGAAGAACGAGGAGCACCGCGACAAGAGCCUUAGUAGGAGCCGGGAGAGAGAGGGCUCCCCCGCGGGAGAGAACCCCUCCAAGAGCGCCGGCUGUAGCCACAGUGCGGGACCCAAUGCACACUGCCACCGAUGCCGUCCGUGGAGGAAGGCGGCCGGGGAGGCGGAGGGCGCGGGGGAAACCCUCCACCUGAGUGGUAAAUAUGAGUGUGAGGCCGGAGAAGUGGGGGAGAAGUAUCUGUCUCUGGCCAAGAGCUCCCCUUCCCGGGAGAACCCCAGGGUGGCCGGGCCGCUGGAGCCGCUGGAGAAGCCUGUGAGUGUCGUGCUGGUGAAGAACACACCCUAUGAAGAGUACGGCCUGCGUCUGGGCAGCCAGAUCUUCAUCAAGCAGAUGACGGCUACAGGCCUCGCUGCCCAGGAUGGCACCCUGCAAGAAGGAGACAUCAUCCUCAAGAUCAACGGGACGGUCACAGAGAACCUGUCCCUGAACGAGGCGGGGCGGCUUAUAGAGAAGUCCAGGGGGAAGCUGCAGCUCUCUGUCCAGCGGGACCAGCGGCAGCUGCUGGUCCGCAUCCCCCUACUGGUGGACUCAGACUCAGACCAUGAGGAUGUUUCCGAGAUGGAGUCGUACCAGGACUACUCUUCCAUAGACGACAGGAGGUCCCACCACUCGGAUCAGUCUUCUCAUUCAUCCAAUGACCGAUACAACUCCAGGGAAAAUCUCAUCCCGGUUACCAAGGCGACAGGGCGGCGUAUUAAAAAACCUGAGGAUCUCCGGCUGUCGUCAAAGCACAAAGUAGACGUGCGGCCCGCUGAGGAAGCUGGAGCUACUGUCAAAAUAACUCCUCAAAUUCUUCUCCGACCCAGCCCAGAAGAGGAGGAAAUUUAUGGGCCUAACACAGUGAUGGCGUGCUUCCAGAAGGGGGACAGCCUGGGCCUCCGACUGGCAGGGGGCAACGCUGUGGGCAUCUUCAUUGCAGGUGUUCAGGAGGGCAGUCCUGCUGAGGAGAAAGGCCUGCGUCCCGGGGACCAGAUCGUAAAGGUGAACAAUGUUGAUUUCCGAAACAUCUUCAGAGAAGAGGCAGUUCUGUUUUUGUUGAAGAUCCCCAAAGGGCAGGACAUCACCAUCCUGGCACAAAGGAGACAUGAUGUCUUCAACAUUGUGCUGGUAUCGGGGCGCAGCGAUUCCUUCUUCAUCCGUACUCACUUUGAGUACGAGCGGGAGGGCCCUCAGAGCCUGGCCUUUGGCAGCGGGGAGAUCCUGAAGGUGGUCGACACGCUCUACGACGGUAAGCUGGGGAACUGGCUGGCGAUACGUAUCGGCAAGGAGAAGCAGCUUCUGGAGAAGGGCGUCAUUCCCAACAAAAUCAGGGCAGAGCAGAUGGCAACCGUCCUGAGCCCUCCCAGAGACAUCGCUGGGGCCGACGGCGCAGAGUUCUGGCGCUUACGGGGCCAGCAGGACGGUAGGAAGAAUGACCUACUGAGGAGGAGCCAGGUGGAACAGAGUACCCUAAACACCCCGUACCCCACCUAUGAGAAGGUGGUUCUCCGAGAAGCUGGUUUCAGGCGUCCUGUGGUGAUAUUCGGACCCGUUGCUGACGCAGCUACCGAGAGGCUGGCCAAGGAAAUGCCUGAUCAGUUUGUUAUUGCCAAAACAGAGCCUAAAGAUGCGGGUCCCGUCAGGUCCUCAGGGGUGGUGCGACUCAACACCAUCCGGCAGAUCAUCGAACAGAACAAGCACGCACUGUUAGAUGUGACCCCGAAGGCGGUAAACACCCUGAACUACACCCAGUGGUACCCCAUCGUCAUCUUCCUCAACCCCGACAGCAAGCAGGGCGUCAAGCUGAUGAGGCAGAGGGUGAUGCCCCACUCCAGCCGCAGCGCCCGCAAGCUGUACUUGCAGGCACUCAAACUGAGGAAAACCUGCUCCAACCUGUUCACUGGAACCAUCCAUCUGAACUCAACCAAUGAUGCCUGGUACAGCACCCUGAAGGACGCCAUCAGACAGCAGCAGAUGCAGGGUGUCUGGGUGUCCGAAGGGAAGUUGGAGCGGAUAGAGACUGAACUGGACUGCCCCGAUGCAGAGCUUGUGUCCUACCUGUCCGGCAUGACCGCAGACUACCUGAGUGUUGAUGGCCAGCAAGUGGCCGACAUCAGCGCUGACCGGGGGUCCUGUGUCCCCAGCCAGCCUGAUGCAGAUCUGUUGAGCCACCAGCCACCACUCACCUACAUCUCACCCAUUAGCCACGUGCUAGCCAAGGAGGUGAAGUUGGCUCUAGGAGAAGAGGCUGAACUUGCAUUACUUCCUAGCCACCCUCAUCAUUGCAUACUUCAAAAUAUCCAUCCUUCCGACAGUUCCCCGUACAAGUAUAUCUCCAGCAACGGAAGCAGCACCCCUGACUUUCACUCCUCUGCCCCCCUGGCUCCCUUCUCCUACCUGAAGUCUUCUCCGUUCAACUCACUAGGAAAGUCAGUCGUGGGCGUAGCACCCUCGGCCGUGGCCAGACGCUCUUCCAUUCAGCAGGAUGUCCCAAGACACCCCUCCAUCACUAUUGAGAACACAGGCACCGACACGGACCUUCAGCAGCAGGAGGAGGGGAAGAAUGACGAGACGCGGUGCCUCAUGGAGGAGCCCGUGACGCAGACCUUCCUGGGGAAGAUCCAGGCUUUUGAGAGGAUGGAUCUCCUCGCCCGCACCCAGAGGAUACACGAGCUACAGGAGGCCCGUAAAGCCAGAGUCAGUUACAUUUACAUUUACGGCCAUUAG